AUGUAGAAUGGUUCGCCUACCUUUUUUACUUAAAUUAAUUUCCCUCCGCUACUCUAUCCAUGCUCAAGUUAUAUAGUAUAGAAGCUAAAAGCAUUUAUUCUAGUUUAAGAAUUUAAUAAUCUAAGCUAUCACUUUUUAAUUUAUGGCGUUGAAGACUUUUAAUUAACUUAAACAUUUGGAGAUUCGUUCCCUACUAAUUUACCUCAAAACUCUAAGUACUACUAAUAUAAUAACUUCAUCUUCUUAGGAAACAAUUAUUAUGAGCUAAUGUAUAUCUAACAAUCAAAUUAAAUCUAAAUUAAGAAAUUUCCUAUUAAUUCUGGGAAAAUAUAUUUUGCCAACACCAAUCCUCUCGAUUUUCUCUUUAACAAAGGUUUUGGUUCUAAUGUUCAGCUCUAAACUUCUUCUGGUGGAGUUACAACAUAUUUUACUACGAUAUAAUAAAUGUAUAAUAUGAUACCAGGAUGCUCUGUAUAUAUAGACAAUACAAUUUAAAUGUGUAAAUAAUGUGAUUAAAAUUAUUAUUUACAAGACGGAAGAUGCCUCACUGCUUGUGAAGAUGGCUUUUACUACUCAGGAAGUACAUGCUUGCCUUGUAAUGAAACAUGCUAAACUUGUAACGGGCCCUCAACAAAGAAUUGUUUGACAUGUCAUCAAGAAUAAUAUUUAUUUUUAGAUAACUCGUGCUGUGAUUGUAACUCAACAGGGCAAAUAAAAAUAGAUCCAAAUUGUAAGUGUGUUGAUAAUUAUAUUUUUUAUAAUUCGGCUUGUGUAUAAAAUUAUUUAGAUUACAGUCCUAAUGCAUUUACAUAGGAGACUGUAUAAAAAUUAAAUUAAUCAACAAAAGUGAGCUUAUAAGUUUCGUUAGCCACUACAACUUUUCUUAGUGCUGUUUAGAAUUUAUUUUCUUAGUCCAGCUUUGGCAUAGUUAUGAGUGGGUUGACUUGCUUGAAGCUGAGUUAUCUCUCUUUAGUAAGCUCUGUCCUGCCCUAAUAAAUAUUCUCUCCUCUAAAAACUAAUAAUGUCCUCCAUAAUAAUUCAGUAGUUUGA